AUGGAUAUAGUCUCUCUACAAAUGGUGGCAGCUGUCACAUUCUUCAGCUCCGCCCCGGAAGCAAUAUGCUUUCUAAAAUCCAAGAAACUAAGAACUCUGAUGAACACCUACUGGAUGCUGCUGUGCGACGCCGUACACCAGGCUAAUGGCUUCUACUGCGAUCAGCUAAUGGCCGUUAUCUUCUCCUCGUUUCUCCACAUCACUGUCACGUCUUACUACUUUUUCAUGCUCCUCAAAACUGGUACAUUGUUCUUCACGACUACUGAAGUAGCUUGGAUCUUGCUUAACAUCUGCUACGUAGUUCUGUUACUAAACUCAAGCACGGUCGUCACCAACAAGGCUGAUGAGACAGGACAGACGAUCUGCAAGUUCAUCAACAAGAGCAUGGACCCGGAAUUGAGAAAUCAGCUUGAAGGGUUUCUCCUGCAGUUGCCCCACCACAACGCAAGAUUCUCUGCUCGUGGAUGUUUCCCGCUCAACAACGAGACACUCACAGCGGUGGCUGGAGCGGUGACAACUUACCUGGUGAUACUGAUCCAAUUCCAGACUGAACCAUCAUCCACCUAG